AUGGAUAGGGCUUGGAUGCAUAUUGAAGAUAGGAUGCGUUCCAACGAAUAUGCUGAGGGCGUAAAAAAAUUCAUAGAUAUGGCGAAGGCCCAUGCACCGGGGAGAGACUGCAUUAGGUGUCCAUGUAGGCGAUGCCGAAAUCGAUCUUUCCAUCCUAUCUCUAUGGUUGAGGAUCAUUUGUUCAUUGUCGGGAUAGAUACAUCUUAUACGGAAUGGAUAUUCCAUGGCGAGGAGGAAACUUUGCAAUACACCACAUCGUCGGAUGAGGAGGGUAUUGAUGACUAUUCCUACAAUGACUACAUUGAUGAUGUCGACGAGAUGUUAGAUGACAUCCGUGUUGGAUCCUUCAUGGACAAUUCCUCUAGUCCAGAAGGUGAUGCAGACCGAGUUCCCCAAGGACACACCGCUCAUACUCCAAUACCCCCUAACUUCGAUGAGUUGCUAGAUGAUGCCAAAAUGCCACUCUAUCCAAAUUGUUCUAAGUUCUCAAAGCUAUCAUUCAUAGUCAAGUUCCUUCAUAUAAAGACUGUUGGUGGUUGGACUGUGAAGUCGUUUGACAUGGUUAUCAAGCUGUUGCAAGCUGCAUUUCCUCAAGCACAUUUCCCUGCCUCAUAUAACGAGGCUCGCCAAUUACAACGUGGUUUGGGCUUUAGUUACAAAAAGAUACAUGUAUGUCCAAAUGAUUGUGCCUUAUUUUGGAAAGAGAAUGCUGAGAAGGAUGAGUGCCCUAAAUGUAAUGCAUCUAGGUGGGCCUCAAGCACAUCUACCCAACAUAGGUUACCCAAAAAAGUCCUCCGAUAUUUCCCUUUGAAGCCGCGGUUGCAACGAUUGUUUGUGUCAAAGAAGACUGCCCAAGUCAUGAGGUGGCAUAAAACAGAGCGUGUUGAUGAUACCACCCACAUGAGACAUCCGGCAGAUUCACAGGUCUGGAAAGACUUUGAUAGGAAGCAUGCCUCAUUUGCUGAAGAUCCUCGUAAUGUCAGACUUGGUUUAGCGAGUGAUGGGUUCAACCCAUUCAAUAAUAUGAGCAAGCCGUAUAGUAUUUGGCCGGUGCUACUUGUGCCUUACAACUUGCCUCCUUGGUUAUGCAUGAAGGAUCCGUACUUGAUGAUGUCUUUGUUAAUCCCUGGACCAAAGGCACCGGGAAAUGAUAUUGACGUGUUCAUGCGUCCACUAAUAGAUGAGUUGAUAGAAUUAUGGGAAGAGGGAGUUCGUACAUAUGAUGCAUACAAACGAGAAUUCUUUGUGUUGAGGGCGGCAUUGCUCUGGACUAUUAAUGACUUCCCUGCAUAUGCUAAUCUCUCCGGCUGGAGCACAAAGGGUAGAUGGCAUGCCCUACUUGUAAUGCUGAAACAGAUUCAUUGUGGUUGGUUCAUGGCCGAAAACACUGUUAUAUGGGCCAUCGUCGUUGGUUGGAGGUAG